CGGCUCCCGCCACGCGAGCAGCUGUCGCGGGACCCACACGGCUCGGCUCGGCUCGGCUCGGCUCAGCUUCGCUUCUCCCGCUCCUCUGCCUCAGAUGGCUUCAGUAACAGAUGCCAGAUACAGGCAGAAAGAUACUUCAGAUCAAAAUUUUGAUUACAUGUUCAAGCUCCUGAUCAUCGGCAACAGCAGCGUGGGCAAAACCUCCUUCCUCUUCAGAUACGCUGAUGACACCUUCACACCAGCCUUCGUCAGCACUGUGGGGAUUGACUUCAAGGUGAAAACAGUGUACAGGAACGACAAGAGGGUGAAGCUGCAGAUCUGGGACACAGCUGGACAGGAGAGGUACAGGACCAUCACUACAGCCUACUACCGAGGAGCAAUGGGCUUCGUCCUGAUGUACGACAUCACCAGUGAAGACUCCUUCAACGCAGUGCAGGACUGGGCCACACAAAUCAAGACUUACUCCUGGGACAAUGCCCAAGUGAUCCUGGUUGGAAACAAAUGUGACAUGGAGGAUGAAAGGAUUGUUCCUGUGGAGAAAGGGAAACAUCUGGCAGAUCAGUUAGGUUUUGACUAUUUUGAAGCUAGUGCCAAAGAAAACAUCAACGUAAGGCAGGUGUUUGAGCGCCUGGUGGACAUCAUCUGCGAGAAGAUGUCGGAGAGCAUAGAGUCAGACCCUGGCAGGGGCACCUCUGGCAGGGGCAUGCGGCUGACAGACAACCCCCCGCCGGCACAGCACAACUGCUCCUGCUAGAGACCUUGCUCCCCGGGGAAACAGCCUCCUGCUUCCGUCUCUCCGUUUGUGGUGAUGCGUUGUCAUGUAGCCCAAAAGGCAGAAGCCUCUGUUGUAGGAAACUGGUAUCUUUGUGGAAUGUGCUGGAGUGUUGAUGUUCUGUAUCUCCUCAUCCAAUCAACAAACCAACACCCCAAAAAUCUGAAUAAAUAUUGUGAGUGCACCUGGUGGUAAUCUUACACUGAAGAAGAGUUCUGUAUCUGGGCAGAGAGGAACCUAAUGAGGUUCAGCAAGGAUAAGGGCAGAGUCCUGCAGCUGGGAAGG